AUGGGUGCUACGGAGAAGAAGCUUAAUGGGUCCUCCUCUAGCGACGACCACGAUGCCCCAGACUCCUGGAGCGUUGCUGAUAGCGAGGCCGCAAGCAGCGUUGUGCUGAGGCCCCAGAAAAGACUGUUGACCAGACUGUUUCCGCGGAAACUGCCUCCCAUACCGACUCCAGAAGAAAGGAAACCAUUUCCGUUUCGUCGAGGCAGCAUCCUAUCCGACAUGUUUUUCCUGUGGUUACUACCUUUAAUGAAGGUGGGCUACAUGCGGACUCUGGAACCGGACGAUCUGUUUGUUGUUGAUGGAAAAUACGACGUGGAAAAUAGAUACAGGACAUUUGACCGCAAUUUCCGUGUGCGAGUUGAGAAGGCCAAGGUGCAGUAUCUCAAGAAAAAGCAGACCGAGCCCACGCCUGUCGAAUUGGCACGUUUGGACCGUGACGAUGUUCUGGAAUAUUCAGACUUUAGGUAUCCAAAAAUGAUUGUGUUCUGGGCACUGGUGGAUACUUUUGGCUGGGACUACUCCAUUCCCAUUCUGCACAAGUUUCUUGCUGAUAUAGCGAAUGGACUGAAUCCAUUGCUUGCUAGAGCACUGAUUGCGUUUGUCCAUAAACGCUCCUCUGGAAUGCCGUAUCACCUGGGCAAAGGUGUUGCUUAUGCUAUUUGCUCCUCCUUCUUGGUUUUCUUCGCAGGCAUUAAUAUUGCCCAUUUCUUCCAUUCUGCGUGCCUGGUAGGUGCUGAGGUCAAGGCUGUGCUGACCAAGGCUCUUUUGGAUAAGUCUCUUAGACUAAACUCCAGGUCCAAGCACCAGUUUCCUCCCGGAAAAAUCACUGCACUUUUAGGGGCAGAUUUGUCAAGAAUAGAUCUUGCAGCCAAUUUCUUCCCCUUCAUACUCCUACUGCCAGUUGGACUGGUGAUCACAUUGGUGCUGCUCAUAGUGUAUUUGGGAGCACCUUCUUUGGCCGGAAUUGGACUUUUUUUUCUCACCACAGGUUCUAUAGCCUACGGAAACAGACCUCUCAUUAAGUUUAGAAAGGCUGCCAACAAAUACACAGAUGCUCGUGUUAAUUACAUAAAGGAGCUGCUGAUCAACAUGAGAAUCAUCAAAUACUACUCGUGGGAGUCUCCUUAUGAAAAACUCAUCUCUGGAUUGAGGUCUUCGGAGAUGAACAUUUUGCUAAAAAUGCAGGUCAUGAGGAACUUUAUCACUGCCAUUGCGAUUUGCUCACCCACUCUCAGUUCAAUGGUAGGAUUUGUGGCCGUUUUUGGUGCUUAUGGUCUCAAAGGCUCCGCCAACGUCUUUGCCUCGCUGACUCUGUUCAACCUGCUUUCUGGUCAAAUUUCCCUCUUUCCCGUUGCCAUGAGCUCUGCGUCUGAUGCCCUGAUUGCUCUCGAACGAGUCAGAGAUUAUUUGCAGGCUAGCGAGGUGGAGGACGAAGAUCCGGGAUUUCACGAACUGGCCUUUGAUCCCAAUGAGGAGCACUCUGUGCAGAUAAAAGAUGCCGUUUUUGAGUGGACCUCGUACGCGGAAAAGCCAGAAGAGAAGAUCACAGACACAGCUGUUCCUACCUCUGAUAGCAAGUUUAGUGGCCUGCAGAAUAUCAAUCUCGACAUCAAAUCGGGCGAGUUCGUGGUGAUCACAGGACUGAUAGGAAGCGGAAAAUCGUCGCUUCUGUCUGCGAUUUUUGGAGUAAUGCCCAGAACACAGGGCGAGGUGACUAUACGCGGAUCACAGCUUUUGUGUGGAGCACCAUGGAUCCAAAAUACCACUGUAAGAGAGAAUAUUCUGUUUGGCCAGCCUUUCGUACUUGAGAAGUACAGACGUGUGAUAGCAGCGUGUGCUCUGACUAGCGACCUAGACCUGCUUGAAGCGGGUGAUCACACAGAGAUUGGCGAAAGAGGAGUCACUCUUUCCGGUGGACAGAAGGCCAGAAUCUGCCUUGCGCGUGCUGUAUAUGCUGAUACAGAUAUAAUUUUGCUGGAUGAUGUUCUGAGUGCUGUGGAUGCUCGUGUAGGCAGGCACAUCAUGGAAGAGUGCUUCAACGGAAUAUUGGCCCAGAAAACCAGGGUGUUGGCUACUCACCAGCUCUCGUUAAUUGGAACCGCUGAUAGAAUUGUUUUUUUGAAUGGAGACGGUUCCAUCGAUGUUGGUACUGUUGAGGAGCUCAAUAGACGCAAUCCUAGGUUUGUGCAUCUGAUGGGAUUUGGACUGGAUAGCAAGUCGGACGAUGAAGAGGACCUCGAGGAAGAGGAGAUUUUACCGGAAGUCCCUUCAGAGUUAAUGAAAGUGCGUACGACUGCAACUAUCAAAUCAACCAAAAGCAAAAAGUCGGAAGCUCAUCAGUACGAAUUUGCUACGGGAGAUGGUGUACUGAUCCAGAAAGAGAACCGCUCAGAAGGUGCAAUCCCCAUCUUAUUGAUCAAGAAAUACAUAGAGCUCGGAACAGGCAAAAAGGGUCUGUUUUUCUAUGUCCCUCUUCUUUUUGUGGUGAUGAUUUGCACGACAUUUUGCCAACUGUUUUCGAAUGUAUGGCUGGCCUAUUGGACUGAAAACGAGUUCCCAAAGAGAUCCCAGUCGUUCUACUAUGGGCUGUAUGUGAUGUUCACGCUGCUUUUUGUUCUCUUCACUGUUUUUGAGUUCUGUCUUAUUGUGUAUGUGGCUAAUGAGGCUUCCAGAUGGCUUAAUAUCAAGGCGUUGCAGAAGAUGGUGCACACACCAAUGGCCUAUAUGGACACCACUCCCAUGGGUAGAAUCUUGAACCGGUUCACCAGAGAUACAGACGUUUUGGAUAACGAAAUUGCAGAACAGGCACGACUUUUAGUCUAUUCGGGCGCCCUGAUAUCGGGGAUAUUCAUCAUGUGUAUGAUCUAUCUGCCCUGGUUUGCCAUCAGUCUCCCCUUCAUCGCUGCCAUAUUCGUAUGUAUGAUCAACUUUUACCAAGCCUCCGCAAGAGACAUCAAAAGAAUCGAGAGUGUCCAGAGAUCCCUUGUCUACUCCAACUUUGACGAGGUUUUGAACGGCAACGAGACCAUUAAAGCAUACAAUAUGGAGGAAAAGUUCGUGAAUAAGGGGACCAUGCUUAUCAAUAAGAUGAACGAAGCGUACUUCCUAUCCAACUCCAACCAGCGGUGGUUGGGAAUGUCAUUGCAUGGAGUCUCCGCAAUCCUCAACAUCAUAAUCACACUUCUGUGUGUGUUCCAUGUGUUCAAAAUCAGUGCCUCUGCAUCUGGUCUACUGGUGUCAUAUGUCAUGCAAAUCUCCAACCAGAUGAUUGUGAGUAUUAAAUCUCUCACACAAUUAGAAAACCAUUUGGACUCGGUGGAGAGAAUGUGCGAAUAUGCACUUGACCUCCCGCAGGAAGCUGCAUAUAAUUCUCAGCCGCCGCACGUCCCUCCGCAGGACUGGCCCACCACUGGCCGCAUUGACUUUAAUCAGGUAUCGCUAGCUUAUAGGCCUGGUCUCCCACUGGUGUUGAGAAACCUAUCAUUCUCCGUCAAGGACGGAGAAAAAAUCGGGAUCUGUGGAAGAACAGGCGCUGGGAAAUCUUCCAUAAUGACUGCCUUAUACCGUUUGUCUGAGCUGGAUGGUGGUAGCAUCUCCAUUGACGGAGUCGAUGUGUCCAAGAUUGGACUGCACGACUUGAGAUCUGCCCUUUCAAUCAUUCCACAGGAUCCAGUUCUCUUCAAGGGCACUGUGAGAAUAAAUCUGGACCCCUUUUCGCAGCUCUCGGACGAUCAGCUUUACGACUCACUCAGACGCUCGGGAUUGAUCCCAGAAGAUGAGAUUGAUUUCGUGAAGGCCAAGAAGCACGACCACAAGUUUGCUCUCGACCAAAUUGUCGAAAACGAUGGUUCAAACUUUUCCCUCGGAGAGAGGCAACUUAUUGCCCUGGCAAGAGCUCUGGUCCGCAGAACUCGCUUUCUCAUAUUGGACGAGGCCACCAGUUCGGUUGACUACGAAACCGACUCGCUGAUCCAGAAGACCAUCGUUAAUGAGUUUGGAAAGUGCACCAUUCUUUGCAUUGCCCACCGUCUCAAGACCAUUCUGAACUAUGACAAGAUCCUUGUUCUGGACAAGGGCGAGAUAAUAGAGUUUGAUAAGCCGAUCAACCUGUUCAGGAUGAAGGGCGGAAUUUUCCGGUCGAUGUGUGAUCGCUCCAAGAUCACCACGGCAGAUUUCCAGUUAUCCAAUAUUGCAACAUAA